AUGGGCGAGCGGACAAAAUCAGCCCAUUUACAAACAGAUGAGACCCACGUGUUCUCUCGCAGCGCAACUCACGGUACUUCUUCAGCUCAAAAUUUCAAGCACACAAUGGUCAUCGGAGAUGCCCCCUCGCAGACCUGCGGAUACUGCAGCGACGAGCUGUGUGAGUGGGCCCAGUACGGCAAAGACAUUAAAGGAAGCAGGCUGCGCAUGCUCAUGUGCCGCCACAGUCGACGCACCUCGCGCCAAGUGAUGCCCGCUGCCCCUUUGCGUCGAAUUAAUUAA